UUUUAGACAUACAAUUGGUACAGUUUUUCUGAGUGUGAAAAGCUUUAAAUAUCCGUUUUCAUAUUUUUCAAUCCAAAUCACUCAUAAAUUUUUUAAUAUUUUUUCAAAUUAUAUUCAUAUAUUCAAACACAGUUCCAAUUUUCAAAUAUCAUUUUCCAACUUUUUCUCAAACUUCACAAUUUUUUUAUGUCCAAACGCCCACUUAUAAUAUUUUAUUCGCCCCAAACACCAAUUAUAAAAUACUAACAGAGCUCUGUUUUGUCUUUAGUGUAUUAUUUUUCUGCAAAAUAGGAGAAGCCAUAACAGAGUGCAACUUGAAUGGGUGAUUCUUCAAAGAUCAAACUGGAGCUGUUUUAGCUUUUUUCCUUAAAAUGCCAAUGUGGAGCUCGGAUUAAAGAAAAUUACUAGGUUUUAUGAUGCAGGAAUUUCUAAUAUAAAGUUCUUGAGCUAUCAUUGGAAGAAGGUAUUGGGGUGUGCAAUAAUUCAGUCUACUUUUUUGCAAAAGUCCUAACAUUUUCAGAAAGUUCAAGCUAUUUCAAGGAAGAAACCAAAUAUGGCUCAAGCUCUGGAAUUUCAUCGUGGGCAAAUUGAAGCUCUAAUGCGUGCAAUGUCUGUAGCAAAAAUCAUUAGAGAAGAUAAGGAUCCUUGUAUGAUUGAAGAGGGUCUCUAUUUGGGGUCUUUAGGAGCUGCCAACAAUAAAGAUGCCCUCAAAAGAUUGAAUCUAACUCAUAUUUUGACGAUUGCCAGAGAAUUAAAUCCUCCUUAUCCAAAUGAGUUUGUGUACAAAGUCCUUGCUGUACAUGACAGAGUUGAUGCAAAUAUUUCACAUUACUUUGAGGAAUGCUUCGAUUUCAUUGAAGAAGCAAAAGGACAGGGUGGCGGUGUGUUGGUGCAUUGCUUUGCAGGAAAAUCCAGAAGUGCAACCAUAGUCAUCGCUUAUCUGAUGAAAAAGCAUGGUAUGAGCCACUCCGAAGCUUUUCAGCUUGUCAAGAGUAGAAGACCAGUUGUUUCUCCCAAUGCUGGUUUUAUGACGCAGCUGGAAAACUAUGAUAAAACCCUUAAAGUGGAACCUGCUCCUUCACUGUGCCCGGCAUCGCUCAAUGCAGCCCUAACCAUCUUAAAAAUCUCACUCCACAAGCAAGUCGCCACCAAACAAAGUAAGAGGAGGAGGUCCACAGCUUCACUUGAACACUUUGCACAUGAAGCACCAGUUGACAAUAUGUAAUCCGCCUUUUUUUCCCCUCCAAGUUCUCACCUGUUGCUCCCUUUCUGCCAACAACAACAAUAACAACCACAUACCCAGUGUAAUCUCACAAGUGAGGUCUGGGGAGGGCAAGGUGUAUGCAACCUUACCCAUACCUUUGUGGGGUAGAGAGCUGUUUCCCAUAGACCCUUGGCAGGUCAAGUGAAAAACCACACUUUCUUGGUACCCGAGGAAUCCAAACCAAUAAGUGCGGAAUCUGAUUCAUCCCUCACAAGAUACUACUUACACAUUCCCAAGGACCAUGUAGCAUUGGAUAAGGACCAUAGCAGUACAUUGCAAAAUCAGCUUUUCUAUUUGGAACCUCUUCCUUGUGUGGGGUUUGAUCAAAUAAACACGGAAAGAUCCACCAGAGGGGUGAAACUUCAAUAUCUGGCAUUUGCAUGCAAAUGGCAUGACGACCGACCUAGCAAAGCUGCAAAUUCUCUCUCAAAACAGCUUGCGUCUCCAAAAAUCAGUAAAGGGCAGCCUGGUGCACUAAGCUCCCGCUAUGCGCGGUCCUGGGGAAGGGACAGACCACAAGGGUCUAUUGUACGCAGUCUUACCCUGCAUUUCUGCAAGUGGCUGUUUUCACGGAUCGAACCCGUGAUCUCCUGGUAGCAACUUUACCAGGUAUGAAUACUCCAAAUGUUACGAUGUAAUGCAAGAUUACGCACCAUCUUGUUAAUUGAAUUGAACAGUAAGAAUUGUUUGAUAAACAAUUAUAAUGAUCUGGAAAUUCCUUUGAGAAAGCUACUCCCUAGGCAGACUGAAAUGUUCUUCCACUGGAGAAUUUUAAAAUUUUGGUUCAUGUUAGCACCAUUGAAACUAGUUAUUUCCUUUUUAUUUUGUUC